AUGCAACAGAAGCAAUCACAACAGCAGAUUAUGAAUAAACAGUUGUCGUUCACUUCUAUGAAGCCGCCGUUUGGAAGAGGAGGAGACUGUGACUACCACCACUUCUCAUCCUCGGCUGCCACCGACCAUGGUCGUCCACUGGCUGGUCAAGAAUCUGAUGAAACCAUUGUCGUAAUGACCCCUCCUCCACUAAAGCGGAAGAAUGGAAUGGGAGACUGUGAAGUAGGGCAAACGGAGCAGAACAUAGGUCCUGGCUGUGUUGGUGUCAUCGAGGCUGCGCUUCAGACACCAGUGUCAGGAAAAACUGGGAAGGCACAAAAAGUUCCAAGGACGACAAAGGCUAAUAAAGCUAGAUCGCAAACUCUGGUGGCAAAUAUUGGUUCCUCUUCAGGAAAUAUUCUCACUCCACUGGGCCCUUGUCGUUAUGAUAGCUCCCUCGGUCUCUUAACAAAGAAGUUCAUUAACUUGAUCAAACAUGCAGAAGAUGGUAUUCUUGAUUUAAAUAAAGCUGCCGAUACAUUAGAGGUGCAGAAGAGGCGUAUAUAUGAUAUAACAAAUGUUCUCGAAGGCAUUGGUCUCAUAGAAAAGAAACUCAAGAAUAGAAUCCAGUGGAAGGGUGCAGAUGUCUCAAGACCAGGGGAAGUUGAUGUGAGUCUUAGCAGCUUACAGGCAGAAGUAGAAAACUUGAACAUGGAGGAGCACAAAUUCGAUAAACGAAUAAGUGAAAUGCAGGGAAAGCUGAGGAGCCUAAGUGAAGAUGAAAACAAUCAAAAGUGGCUCUUUGUCACCGAAGAAGACAUCAAAAACUUACCUUGCUUUCAGAAUGAAACUCUCAUAGCAAUUAAAGCUCCACAUGGCACUACUUUAGAAGUUCCAUACCCUGAUGAGGCCGUUGAUUAUCCACAGAGGAGAUAUAGAGUAGUUCUUCGGAGCACCAUGGGCCCUAUAGAUGUUUACCUUGUCAGCCAAUUUGAGGAAAAGUUUGAGGAGAUAAAUGCGUCUGAAGUGGAAGCAAGCAUUCCUUCAACAUCAGGUGCUGAUGAGAAUGAAUCUGCACUACCAGCAACUGAGGAGAGCAAAGGAAAUGAAGUUUAUUUGCAAGGAAUAGAAGCUCAAAGAUUAUGCACAGACAUGAACACAUCACAGGAUUUUGUGAGUGGAAUCAUGAAGAUUGUGCCUGAUGUUGAUAAUGAUGCUGAUUAUUGGCUAUUGUCAGAUGCUGAUGUAAGCAUCACAGAUAUGUGGAGGACAGAAUCUGAGGUUGACUGGAAUAGCUUGGAUACCAUUCAUGAAGGCUAUGGUAUGGCUGAUGUCAGUGUGCCAAGACCCCAAACUCCAGUGCCUAGUACUACUGCAAUGCCUUCUGUAGCCAGCACCUCAGGGAGUUAA